AUGACAGACACGAAGGCGAUCAUUGCCACCGCCACGGUGCUGUACGGCAAGAUCUCGCGCUCGUUCGAGAACCUGCGGAAGCUCGGCGAGGCCAAUAUGACCCUCGGCGCGGUGGAGGCCCGGCUUCAAAAUCUCGAGAAGCUAUGGGAUAAAUUCGACGCUCUUAAUGAUACGUUAGCCGAUCAGGUUGACGAAAUAAAGCAUGAGGUCUACGCUAAACAGGACAUCCCGUCCUUAGGCGAGGAAGCUUACCUGCUGAACAAGGGCCUCAUGCUCGAUCUGAAGAGCGCUCUCCAGCUGCAGCUACAGGCAGCCAGCUCUACCGCGGCCGCGACAAUUAGUCCCGCUCCUCGGACAGCGCUGCCAAAAAUCCAACCGCCUACCUUCGCCGGGAAAUACGAGGAUUGGCCUUCAUUCCGGGAUCUGUUCCAAUCCCUCAUCGGCCGGAAUCAGGCAGCAAAACCUGUGGAGAAGUUACACUACUUAAAACUUUGUGUGAAGGGUGACGCCGAUCUGCUGAUUCGUAACCUCAGCACCACAGAAGACAACUAUGAAAUCGCCUGGAAAACUCUAAGCGAUUAUUACGAGAACAAAAGAUUGCUGACUCGUAAUUAUCUGAAUAAUUUCUUAGCGUUGACCAAGAUGAAAAGCAAAUCCGCCGCUGAAUUGAGGAGGCUUUUCCAUGGAAGCUCCUCGACAGCCGCUCUAGGCGAGAAUGGGAGAGUGAUAUAA